AGUGUCGGCCGACCCACGGCGCGGAAGUGACGUCACUUCCCUCGGCCGCGGGCGGGGCUCCGCGUCCCCCGGUGGAGAGCUACCUGUGGCCCGCAUGGAAGCAAAGACUCUUGGAGUUGUGACACCCAGAAAACCUGUCUUAUCUGUCAGUGCAAGAAAAAUUAAGGACAAUGCGGCUGAUUGGCAUAACUUAAUCCUGAAAUGGGACAGCCUCAGUGAUGCAGGUUUUACCACUGCAAGCAAUAUUGCCAACCUGAAAGUCAGCUUGCUGGGUAAAGAGAAGGUUGAAUUAGAGAGCAGCAGCCCAGCUUCCAGUGAAGAAGAAAAAGCAAACCUGCACCCGGAUAAGGGCCUUGAAGCGCUGUGUGAGGAGCUGCAGGCCACCUUAGAUGGCUUGACUAAAAUCCAAAUGAAAAUGGAAAAGCUAUCUUCAACCACCAAGGGAAUUUGUGAACUAGAAAAUUACCAUUACAGGGAAGAGAGUAACCGGCCCCCUCUGUUUCACACGUGGCCUACACCCUUCUUCUAUGAGGUCUCCCACCGGCUCUCUGAUGCAUACAAGAAGGAGCUCCUUUUAAAGCACACCAUUGGCGCAGAGCUGGCCCACACUGCAGACCGCAACCUCAGCCUGACCUACCUGUCCAUGUGGCUGCACCAGCCUUACAUAGAGAGCAACAGCAAACUGCAGCUAGAGAGCAUGCUGCUUGAAACAGGGCACCGUGCCCUGUGACUCCUGGCCGGCUUCCUGUGAUCAUGGCCUCAGAAAUCCAGACUGUCCUGGCCGCUGCAGCCUCUCCAGACACAUGGGCUGCAGCUGUCCUCCCCUCCGCCUCAUCCCAGGCAUCAUGAAACUGCCAUUUGUGAGCACCAGAGUGAAAUAAAUGAGAAGAAUGGCCAAGGCCUUAUUUUGCAAA